UUCCGUGUUUGUGGUAGAAAUGUGCACUUAUGUGUCACCAUCCUCCACGCGCGGGCCCAGGGAUCGCUCUGGACGUUAUAAAGUCCCCGCACCUGCCCUUCCCACCUCCAGAGAUUUCGGCGCGGCCGGGAGACGUUCCCAUCCUUAGUCGCUUCGCCGCCGGCUGAGGUUUCGCGUCCCUUUCGGUGUAAAAUUGUACUGAGGAGGGUCUCCGCCCCGGCCUUCCAGCCGUCGGACCGUGUGGGGGACCCCUGCCGCGUCAUUUUCCUGCUUAAACCGUUCCCUGAGCCCCGGCCCCCUGCGCUGGGUCAAGUCCUCACCCGGGAGUCCCUGGCGACAUGCCGCCCCUCCCCCGCAGUGUUGCCCCAGGAGGGCAGCGCGGGCCGUCCGUGCUCUCCCUGGCUCUGGGGCUCUGAGACCCCACCUCUCCCGAGAGACCCCGACCUCGCGCCUUUCUGUGUAUAUAAAAAAGCAGUGACUUGUCUCAGACAAUUCUGUUUCACCCUCUUCCCUUUACAGGUGUGAGGUGGGUUGGGGAGUGAAACGGAAGAAAUUAAUGACUGUGUCGCCACGUGGUGCCUUUGAAAAGGAUCUUUGAAUGUUUAUUUUUUAGAUGGAUUUACUUUUGCCUUAAUAAUAAUUUUCCUGUCAGGCUUAUUGAAAAAAUGUUUAUUGAAUUUCAAAUUUUCGCUAAAUAAUCUUGUCAAAAGGAACUGAGUCAAUAACAAAAUUAUUGUCUGAGGUUUAUUCGGGUAGAAGAUUCACGAAUCAGAUAGCACCAAACUUAAAAUGGAAAGUUACUCUGCCGAGUAUAAGCAGUGACUGGCUUUUUUUUUUUUUUUUUUUACAAACUUGGCAGCAAAAACAUCUUAUGUCUGAUUGGCUUAUGCCAUUUAAGCAGUGUCAGGAUCUUAUUGGUCAAGGAGGGUUACUUACAGAAAACUAGGCUUAACAAGAGGUUUAUUAGGCGUAAGUUUCGGAGUUGCCCACUCCACCACUGAUGCCAUUUUAUCGGCCCACAGGAAUCCAUUUUUAUUUCGGUUAACAAUCAGUAUCUCCUAAGAGUAAUAAACACUCUGUUAAAGUAAAGCAAGGAGAUUUAUUGUAGGUUAGAUAACAGUCCGGACUGGGGCAAAUGUUUAAUUUUACAGAGAGAUCAAAGUUUCCAAAGUGCUGAAGGUGCCAAGACCUCUUAAAGGGUGAGAACAAAGGACUUGAGCUGCACAAUUUUGAUUGAGCAUUACAAACUUAGAUUAAUACAAGUCAGGUUACUGGAAGUCGGGUUAGGAGGGGGGAGGUUACAGGACAUUUCUCUGAGAAACAGCUAGCUCAAGUGAAAUUUUUCUUGUCAGCAGUUGCCUAGAAGAUCUAGAUAAGAGUCAGCAUCAAGGUCCUCUUCUUGAGACAUUGUUUAUGAAACAUUGUUUCAGGAAGGGUCUUAAUAGCUUCUAUUUUAUGAAACAGUUCUCUCAGUUUAACUACUGAGAAAACGGGAAAACUUUCUUUAGUUUACACUUAGUCACAGGCUUUAAGGAGUUAAGUACAAAACUCAUUGCUGUCAAGUCACUUCCAACGGCGUAGUGACCCUACAGGACAGAGUAGAACUGCCUUACAGCAUUUCCAAAGAGUGGCUGGUGGAUUCCACCUGCCGACCUUUUGGUUAGCAGUCGAGCUUUUAACCACUGUGCCACCAGGGCUUCAAAGAAUAAGUCAGGGAUUUAUAUAUAUUAAAAGAAAUGCAAGAUGUAGUAGAGCCCCAAACUCUAAACCAUCCGUUUUACUUUAGUCAAGUGCCCCAGCUUGCUUGCUCUUCUGAAAUGAUCUUUAUGGCAUCCCAUGAUGAGCGCAUAGUAUUUUUUCCUAAAUAUAUUCUUUUUUUUUUUCCCCACAUUGACUCCAGACUUCAUGAAAUUUGUUUUUAAAUUUCCAAGUUGUUUUCCCUUUUAAAUUAACUGUGCCUGGUUCAAAUUAUUAGGCCUACAUGCUUUCUACUCUUUGUCACAUAUUGUAAACAUUCUUUGGUACCUGGUAAAUAAUGUUAAAAAAAAUAAUAAUGUGAGACUAUCUCAAAACCCACUUUGCAGGAGUAUCAGUGACCGUUUAUAUUAACAGAUAAAACCUAGCUUAAGCAGGUAAUGAAUUAACCAGUUAAUUUAACUUUCUUCCUUCAUGUGAUCUGUUAAAAUAGUGAGCUGUGAGCUACAAGUAGAUGUUUUCUUCAAGUACCUCUUGUCAUCUCUGUGCAGAUGAUGAAGGCUGGAAUGGAUUGACAUGGAACUUUGUUCUAACAGAGCUCAUCAAUUCAUGAUGAAGUUUUUCUUAUUAUAAUAAAAUAUACAUAACAAAACAAUUGCCACUUGAACAAUUUAUACAUGUAUAAUUCAUUGACAUUGAUUAUAAUCUUCAUGUUAUACAACCAUUAUCACUAUCCUUUUCUGACUUAUUUCACCAACGUUAGCAUAAACUCAGUGCCCUCUAAGCAGUAACUGCAUGUGUCCCCCUCCUUCCCAUCCCUGGUAACCACUAAUAAACUUUGGUUGCUAUAUAUUUGCCUAUUUCAUAUAAGUGAGAUCGUACAGUAUUUGUCCUAUCAUGACUGACUUAUUUUGCUCAGCACAGUGUUUUCAGGGUUCAUCCAUGUAGUGGCAUGCAUCAGGACUUCAUUUCUCUUUGUGGCUGAGUGACAUUCUGUUAUAUGUAUAUGCCACAUUUUGGUUAUCCAUUCAUCUGUCGAUGAGAAUUUAGUUUCCACCUUUUGACGAUUGUGAAAAGUGUUGCAAUGAACAUUGGUAUACAGGUUUCUGUUUGCAUUCCUGUUUUCAUUUUUUCUGGGUAUGUACUUAGGAUUGGGAUUGUUGGGUCAUACAAAUUUGAGGAUUGGUUUUCUAUUUCUGUAAAGAAGGCUGUUGGAAUUUUAGUGGGAAUUGCAAUUGAAUUUAUAGAGUUCUUUGGGUGAAAUUGACAACUAUAUUAAUAAGCCUUCUAAUGCAUGAACAUGGAAUGCCCUAUUUAUUUAGGCCUUGUAAUGCAGCGUCAGGACUCAUCUAGCUUCCUUUGGGAUAAGAAUCAGGAUCAGCACAAAGCUGGUUUCUGUGAAGUAGAGGCCAGAGGUACCCCCACUCUCCAUCUUCUUCACCAUUUCUGACAUCAGCUGUUUCCCCCAUGGCACUCUGUACUUCUCUGCUAGGUUCAAUAAUUCACUAGAAUGGCCACACAGAACUCAGAGCCCGUACUCAAAGUUACAUGGUUUUUUAAGGAAGUAACAGAUUACAACUCAGAUCAGGAUCAACUUGUAGGUUGAAGGAAUGACUGAGGAUCGGGAAGCACAUAGGCAAGGUUUGGAAGACUCCUCUGAGGUGGAGAGCACAUCCCUCCUUUCUUCAGUGCAGGACAGCUUCCAACUAUGACAGUUCUCUUAGCUACUUUUGGCCAUAUAAGUAGGUCUUGGCCGUGCAAGCACGCAAGCCCUUCAUGGCUGUGCAUGCCCCCUCUUGGCCUUGCAUUCCUCUCUGCCUUCAGUUUCCCCACCGUUGGCCUCUUCAUUGCUAACUGGCCCCACUCAUGGCUAGUGUAGCAGCCUGCUCAGCUCUCAGCUGCUUUCCCAGCAGCAGCUUUCUGUCUUCACUGCUGCCUCUCUGCCACCAGGGCUCCCUUCCAGGCCGCUUUUCACUAGCUCCCAGCUGCUGGGCCCCUUUCUGCCCCUUUUCUGGCCCUCUUGCCAUCUUAAGUGUUAUCAGGCCUUGACCCAUAUUACAGCUGUUUUAGAAGGCUCCGCUUGCAGGGACCCCGGGUCCAAACUGCUCUAUUCCAGGCUAUUGGUCUUGAGGUUCCAUCCUUGCCUCUUCUCUCUAGAAAACCUCUGUGGGGUUGGCUGCUUCUAUAAACAAAUUCCUUGUCAAUUUCAAGCCAUGGCCUACACAGCAGGACCACGAACUGACCAAUUCCCUUGAUGAACUGCAAGUCAUUCAGUCCUGUUGGUUGGAUUUUCAAGCCUCUAUUUGAAUAGCAAAUCCUGCAAGGUGCGUGAAAUAGACCAGUUGCAGAGCAGACUGUGGCCCAGCCAAUCAUUUUUGGUGAAAUUACAAACCUAAGGCCAUAUAAAAGGGAAAUCCAUUGCACUGUAGGCCUCCUUUAAUUUCUUUUAAUGUUUUACAGUUUUCUGUGUACAGUCUUUCACCUUGGUUAAAUUUAUUUGUAGGUGCUUUAUUCUUUUAGAUGCUUUUGUAAAUGGAAUUUUUUCCUUAGUUUCAUUUUUACCUUUCUCAUUGCUGAUGUAUAGAAACCAGACUGAUGUUUUUAUUUUUUGGAUGUUGACUUGUCCCUUGUCGUUUUGCUGAAUUCAUUUAUUAGCUCUAAUAGUUUUCUUGUGGAAUCUUUGGGAUUUUCUAUACAUAAGAUCAUGUUAUCUGCAAAAGGAGAUAGUUUUACUUUCUCCUUCCUGAUUUGGUUGCCUUUUUUUUCCCCCUAGCCUAGUUGCUCUGUCUAGGACUUUUCAAUACAGCAUUGACUAGCAGUGGGGAAAUUGAGCUUUCUUGUUUUGUUCAUGAUCUUAAUGGGAAAACUCUCAGUCUUUCUCCAUUGAAUAUGAUAUUAGCUGUGGAUUUUUCAUAAAUGACUGUUAGCACUUUGAAGAUAUUUGCUCAGAGAGCUUAUUACCUAAGCUGAACCCUCAUUCCUUUUCUGGGAGACGUGUCCUGAGGCGUCCAGAGGACCAUGCUGAUUUGUUCCAGUAACAAUUUUGGUGGGUACGCUUCCAGAGUCUGCAAUGGUACUUGUACAUUGCUGGAGGGUCACUAGAGGGUCCUAGCCUGGCACAUGGGGCUGAAGCCCCAGUGGGAGCAAAUUUAUUAACCUCAGAGCCUCAGGUAGUACCUUGGUCCACCCCCCAAAGAAGUCUUGCUGGUAUCGUACUGAACACUUAACACUUGUGCAACCAACACCUUUGACUUCUUGAAAGCUUGCUGCUGUUCAGUACCCCAAUCCCAAGAGGCAUCUUUUUUUUGCCAGUUAAUUCUGAAGCACUGGGCCAAGUGGGGAAUAAAUACUCUCAAUAUCUUAAAAGCUCUGUAGAGGACUGCACUUCUUUUGGCCUCUUAGGGUUGAGGUAAUCUUGUAUUUUAUCAACCAUGGCUUCAGGCAACACACGGGUCUUAACCGAUGACCCCUAGGAAUUUUACAGAUAUACUUGGCCCCUGCACCCACAGCCAAAAUUCUCCCCUGUAGGUGGAUGAUUAGGGUGUCUAGACCCUCCUGUAGCAGAGAAUCAUCUGUUGCAGUUAACAUGAUGUCAUCAAUGUAAUGAAACUAAUGGACAAUGAUGGGGCAGGUGAAAAGAGGCCACUGGCAACCACACCAUGGCAAAUGGGAGGACGUUAUGUUUGGGACUGCAGCAUGUAUAGGAGGGACCGCCUCAUUAAGCUCUCUGUAGUGCAUGGUCAUAUGCUAGGACCCAUCUGGUUUCUUCAAGGGCCACACAGGGCUAUUAAAACUUACUGUUUUUAAUUCUGAAGUGGUUUUACUGAUUUCCUUACAUCCUCUGGGCAAUUUAUAUUGCCUGGUGUCUACCACUCUCCUUGGUGGAAGCAGGGUCACUGGUUCGCAUGCCAAGUUCCCUCACAAGACUGCUUUUACCACUGUCACCUACAGCUGGAAUUCUCUCACAGAUGUGGUCAAGGUCAGUCUCAUGAGGACACCCACCCCUAGAAUGUAUUCUGGUAUUGGGGAAAUAUAAACUUGGUACUUUUAGGGGGAGUAUGUCCUGUUUGUAGGGUCAGGAGUACCUGAUGUACACAGAUAGAUUUUCUGUCAUAACCAUUAACCGCCAAGGGGGUGUCCUUGAAACUGUUCAGGAUUUCCAAAGAUAAGGGAGCGUUCUGCCCCAGUAUCAACCAGAGGCAGCACUCGCUGCUUGUUUGUUUUUGACUAAUGUAUUGUGACCUCUGCAUGGGGCCUGCAGGGCCCUGAUCUGCAAGUGACCUCGACCCCACCCCUGGUCCCUAGGGAUUCGUGGGGUCCACUGGGUGCCAAGGGGUACUUCCUCACUGUAGGGGGUGGGGGCAGGCAGUGGAACCCAGAGGGCGGUAUUGUUGCUCCAGCUUCAGAUUCUUCCAAAAGUUAACCAAAACCUCAUUCAGCUGUUUAUUUAUCUUUUCUACUGCCAUUCCAGCAGCUACUAAGUCCAUCCACACCUGCUUUUGGGUUAUUUUCAAAGGGCUCUUACAUGGUCAUCUGACAGGGUUUUUGGCCUUUCUUUUCUCUCUUCCUACGGCUCGCAUCCCCUUCUCUAGCCCUCUCAGUUUCACCCAAGUCGGCUACGGCUUGUCCCAUCUGGUAGACCAUCUGGCCCACUAGGGAACUAACUACAGCCACCAGGGUGUCGUACCAGGAGGGCAGGGCUGCUUGUAGGAUCUUUUUCAUUUCUGCAGUGAAGAGUUCAUUGUCUAGUCCCUGAAAGUGCUUGGAAUAAAUGGCAUGACACAUACCUAGCUCUUGUAUUAGCUGCUGUAACUCCUUUAAGGAAGACCACUUCCCAACAGUGCCAGGAAGACCCCCCUGAUUUGACCACACCCUUCUAUAAUCCAAGAUGAUCCGUGCGUGAGGGCUUGUAUGCCUUCUGUUCCAAGCUGCGGAUAAGUACUGCCCGAGGGUAGGCGAGUGGUUAUACUACUCUUUUUUUCUGCCUUGGCUCCAUUUGAAGAAGCACCAAACCAAAAAACCAAGCCCAUUGCCAUCGAGUCAAUUCUACUCAUAACAACACUGUUAGACAGAGUAGAACUGCCCCAUGGGGUUUCCAAGGAGCGGCUGGUGGAUUCGAAUUGCCCAUCUUUUGGUUAGCAGCCAAACACUUAACCACUGCACCACCAGGGCCCCUAACGAGACACAGUCUCCUCCGGUAUCCCACAGAUGUAGUAACUAAGCUGAAAUGAUUUCCUUUCCCUUCUGUUGGAAUUUUUCACACAGUUCAGUCAACUCAGUGGGGUGUCAUGGAACUCACAGGUGGGAUUUCUUGUCUGUAGUCAUCGGGCUCGCAGGUAGCUUUCAUUUUAUGGGUGAUGAGUGGCCAUGCCCGGAGGGGCCACUCUGCAAAGUCAGGCUCUUCCUUGACUGUUACUUCCAUAUCUGAGUCACUACUAGAUGCACUCUCCUCAGGAUUCCAUGUUUUUGCAUCCCAGUCACCUUUCAUCAGCACUGCCCUGAUCUUCGCUUUUUGGCACUUUCCUUCCCCCCAUCUUUACAAAUCUGCAGGCGAGCAUUUCUAGUUGAUCAUCCUGUUCGUGGAUGCAAUUGCUCGAUACGUCAGUUGUGGCCGCACAUCCCUUUCCAACUGUGACAAUUCCUGCAAAGCUCUUAUACGCUCUUCAGCAGCUAGCUGGGUGUCAGUGGUCAGCCAAAAGACAUAGAGCAGCAGCCAUAGGGUAUUGACAUAUUAAGCAGCCAAGUCCACAAAUAGGAUGAUCAACUAGAAAUGCUCUUAUGUAGGUUUGUAAAGAUGGGGGGAAGGAAAGUGCCAAAGGCAAAGAUCAGGGUAGUGUUGAUAAAAGGUGACUAGAUGCGAAAGCUACUUUCUUGGUUACUUUUCCAGAGUUAUGAAGGCUCUUGUUUUCCCUCAACUGUGCUAUGCCACUUGGCAUUUUGGGGGCAUCUCCUAACUCAUGUGGUGGUCCCACACACAUCAAGCAUAUGGGCCAGACCUCCCCACAUGGAGGUCACUGGCCAACCUGGGAUUUUUGCUGUAGAGGCCUUGCUCCAGCUCACCGUUUCCUCAGUUUUCUGGUUAGCUCACCAACUGUCCCAGCAUGAACUUGAAACAUGAAACUUGCCUCCAAAAAUGGAGAGCACUGAGAGACUAGAGAAUGAGGCAGCUCCAGGUGGCAGCAAAGGAGUUUAUUAGGGGGACUUACACAUAAGGCAGGCCCUAAGUGGCAGCAGGAUGGAGCAAAUCUCUGCUCCCUGCAGUGGGAGGGCAAAGGUUUUAUAGUGGUGGUGAAUAAUAGUACCUAUGUGCCAGGGACUUACAUAAGAAUGAUUCUGAAAACAGUAGAGAACUACCAGAACACAUGAGGGUGCUCAUGUUGGCCUCACAAAGCCUUUUUCCUCUUUAAGACAACAGAUGUUAUCUUAAAAUGGGUGAGGGAAUACAGUUCCCAAAAUUCCCUUGGGGUGUGAGAGAAAAUUAGUUGAAGAUCCCUGCCCUUCCUGAUAUGCUUUCCCAGGACCUCUCUGACUUCGUCUCCUUUUUGUCUUCUUGCUUACUUACUACUGUCGCCAGCCACACAGGCCUUUGUCACUUCCUACUACCAGAAUCUCUAACUCCUCAGGGCAUUCACAUGGCUGGUUCCUGAGGCUGGAACUCCCUGGUCCCUCACAUACAUCUGGCAAAUGGCCAUUCCUCCCUCAUCUCUUUGUUCUGGUCUUACCUUCUCCAGGCAAUAUUCUCUGACCCUCCUAUUGCUGCCGCACCCUUACCCUCAUUCCUGGCCCAUAAUACCUUUUCUGCGCAUUUCUCUCUGCUCCUCCUUCCACUGCUUGGCUCCACACAGAAUUGUUGAUGUGUUUUGCUAACACAUCCCUGGGCCCCUCCGUAGAGAUUCUCCUUCAAAUAUUCUAGGUGGGGCCCAGCCUCUAGAAUGAUUUAAGGUGCCGCAGGUAAUUCUAAUCUGCAUCUAGCUUUGAGCACUGAGGCUCUGCAUUGUCCAUUUCUGGGUCUGAGACCAGUCCCCAUUCCAGUGGAAGGGGUAGAAGCUCUGCUCUGCUUGGGAUUUGGUGUCAGAGUAAGUUCUAUGACCUAAAUGUGAGGAUCAGUUUAGCUCAGAUCCCCCUGCUGCAGUGCAGUGUGUGGGCAGCACCAGGCAAGGAGGACAAUAAACUCGCCUAUUGGUCUCUGUGUAGGAGUUUGUUGUCCCUGAAUCCCUUGUGGUACAGCAAGAAGCAGGGACUGACUGUCUUCUCCCACAGUGAGGUCCUCCUCAUAUGUGUGGUUAGUGGCACGGGAAAGGGAUGUAUUGAUUCUAAGCAUUUAACAGCAUAUUUUUGACACUCAGGGUUGACUUUUCAAGACUCGUCUUACCUGAGAAAGACGUUUGGAGGAAUAAGAGAUUAAGAGGAGUCCGAAAUGGCUCUUUCCCAGCCAUGCCCACAGAUACACAUCCCUCUGACUCUUCAGCCUCUUGGACCCUCAGCCCAGCCUCUGACCUGCUCAGGCAAGGAUGUGGCCAUAGAAUUCUCUCAGGAGGAGUGGGACUAUCUGGACCCUUCUCAGAGGACUUUGUACAGGGACGUGAUGUUUGAGAACUACAGGAACCUGGUCUCCCUCGGAAUGUCUCCUUCUGAGAUAAAUAUUAUCUCCAUUUUGAAGAAAGGGACAAAGCCCUGGACUGUGAAGAAGAAGACAAAACUAGUAAAACAUCCUGAUGUGGUUUCUACAUAUGUGAUGAAGGAAUUAUCAGCAAAAGAGAUCACUGAUAAAGGAGAAUUAUCCCAGAGGGUGAUGUUAGAAAGAAAUGAAAGUCAUGACAUCGAGGAUUUUCUCUUCAGGCAAGUCAGGGAAAAUGUACAUGAGUUUCAGAAUCAGUGGGGUAAAGAUGAACGAAAUAACAAAGGAGUGACUACGGCCCAUAACAAAAUUUCCACUGGUAGAAGAGAUCACAUUAAAAGAGAUGCAGGAAACAAGUAUAUGGCAUGUUUUAAAAAUAUGAUUAAAUUAAGCUUUCAGUCCCAUGUAGCGGAAAUGCAGAAAUUUCACACUGGAGAGAAAAUUUAUAAAUGUCAUCAAGUGGAGCCAUCUGUCAGCAAUGGAUCUUCAGUUCCAUCCCUUCAAAGAAUUCCUCCUAGUGUCCAAAGCAACAUUUCUAAUGAAUACAGGGAUGUUUUUAUGCCUCCUUCAUGGUUUCUACAACACCAGAAAACCCACAGCAGAGAAAAACCUUACAAUUGUAAUCAGUGUGGUAAGUCAUUCAGGCAAAGAUCAAUCUUUGCUAAUCAUCAGAGAAUUCAUUGUGUGCAGAGACCUUUCACAGGCAAUAAGGAUGUUGAAACCAUUGACUAUGGCUUAGACCUCACUAAACAUCACAGAAUCCAUACUGGAGAGAAACCAUAUAAAUGUAAUGUAUGUGGCAAGGUAUUUAGUCUACGAUUAAGCCUUAGAACACAUCAGAGAUUUCAUAUUGGGAAGAAACCUUACAAAUGUAAUGAAUGUGGUAAGGAAUUUAUGAGACGUUCAUACCUGUGGGGUCAUAAGAGAAUUCAUAGUGGAGAGAAACCUUACAAAUGUAAUGAGUGUGGCAAAACUUUUAACCGUGAUUCACACCUCAUUGCACAUCAGAGAAUCCAUAAUGGAGAGAAACCACAUAGAUGUAACAUAUGUGGCAAGGCCUUUAGUCUGUGUUCAAGCCUUACAAUACAUCAGAAAAUUCAUAGUGGAGAGAAACCUCACAAAGGUAUUGAAUGCAGUAAGGCUUUUUCCCAAAGAUCAAACCUUGUGAAACAUCAACAGAUUCACGCUGGAGAGAAACCUUACCAAUGUAAUGAAUGUGGUAAGGCAUUUACCCGAAAAUUAAGACUUGUUGAACAUCAGCGAAUUCAUAGCGGAGAGAAACCUUACAAAUGUAUUGAAUGUGGUAAGGCUUUCAUCUGCAGAUCACAGCUUGUGAAACAUCAGCAGAUUCACAGUGGAGAGAAACCUUAUCAGUGUAAUGAAUGUGCCAAGGCAUUUAUCCGAAAAUUAAGCCUAGUUGAACACCAGCGAAUUCAUAGUGGAGAGAGACCUUACCAGUGUAAUGAAUGUUGUAAGGCUUUUACCCGAAAAGCAAUCCUUAUUAAUCAUCAGAGAACUCAUUCUGCUCAGAGACCUUACAAAUGUAAUGAAUGUGGCAAAACCUUUAAAUCGGGCUCAAACCUCACUAAACAUCAGAAAAUCCAUACUGGAGAGAAACCAUAUAAAUGUAAUAUAUGUGGCAACGUCUUUGGUCGACGUUCAGGCCUUACACGUCACCAGAAAAUUCAUAGUGGUGAGAAACCUUACCAAUGUAUUGAAUGUUUUAAGGCGUUUUCCGAAAGAUCAAAUCUUGUGCAACAUCAGCUAAUUCAUAGUGGAGAGAAACCUUACCGAUGUAAUGAAUGUGAAAAGGCUUUUAUCCGAAAAUCAGAUCUUUUGACACACCAACAAACUCACAAUGGAGAGAAACCUUACCAAUGUAAUGAAUGUGACAAGGCUUUUACCCGAAAAUCAGAUCUUGUGAAACACCAACGAAUUCACACAGGAGAGAAAUCUUACCACUGUAAUGAAUGCGAUAAAGCUUUUUUCCAAAGAUCAAAUCUUGUGGCACAUCAGCGAAUUCAUAGUGGAGAGCAGCCUUACCAAUGUAAUGAAUGUGGUAAGUCAUUUACCCAAAAAUUGAGUCUCGUUGAACAUCAGCGAAUUCAUAGUGGAGAAAAACCUUACAAGUGUAAUGAAUGUGGCAAGGCUUUCGUGUUCAGAUCAAAUCUUGUGCAACAUCGGCAAAUUCACAGUGGAGAGAGACCCUACCAGUGCAAUAAAUGUUGUAAGGCUUUUAGCCGAAGGUCAGUCCUUGUUAAUCAUCAGAGAAUUCAUUCUGUUCAGAGACCUUACAAAUGUAAUGAAUGUGGCAAAACUUUUAACUGGUGCUCAAGCCUCACUAAACAUCAGAAAAUCCAUACUGGGGAGAAACCAUGUAUGUAAUGUAUGUGGCAAGGUCUUUAGUCGAUGUUCAGGCCCUACACGUCCCAGACAAUUCACAGUACAGAGAAACCUUACCAGCGUAUUGCAUGCGUUAAGGCUUUUACCCAAAGAUCAAAUCUUGUGCAGCAUCAUCAGAUUCAUAGUGGAGAGAAACCCUACCAGUGUAAUGAAGUGUCGAGGCUUUUGCCCAGAAAUACUAUCUUUUGAAACAUCAAUAAAUUCACAGUGGAGUGAAACCUUAUCAUUGUAAUGAAUGUGGUAAGGCAUUUAUUCAAAAAUUAAGUCUAAGUGAUCAUCAGUGAAUUCAUAAUGGAGAGAAACCAUACAAAUCAGAGAAUCCAUACUAUAUAAAAGCUGCAUAAACAUGACAUGUAAUGGGCUUUAGUCUUCCUGAAAGAGUAUACAUUCUGUCCAGAGACCUUACAGCUGUAAUGAGACAUCACUAGACAUCGGAGAAUCCAUACUGGAGAGAAACCCUGUAAAUGUAAUCUAGCAAGUUCUAUACUCAUAGCACAAAUCUUAAAAUUCAUCUGAGAAUCCACAUCAGAAAGAAUGUAAUGAAUGUGGUAAGGCUUUUAAUCAGAGUUCAUGCUUUGUGGAACAUUAGAGAAUUUAUACUAGAAAGAAACAUUAUGGUUUAAUAAGGUGCAAAGGCUUAAGUGGGGCUUACUCCUCACUAUACAGGGAAUAGUCAGGGAAACCAUGUGAAUGCCCUGUAUAUGGCAAGGUCCUUACUCAAAAUUUGCAGCUUGCAAAUCAUCUGAAAGUUUGUAUUGGACAGAAACAUUACAAAUAUAUGUGGUAAGGCUUUUAUCAAAUAUUGGAUGUCAUGAGACUCUUCAUACUAGAGAGAAACUGUAAAAAUGUAAAGAAUGAGGUACAUCUUUUUAACUGAUUCUCACAACGGACCAUACAUAAGAAUUCACAUCAAGAAGAACUAAGUCUCUAGUCCUCAAAGAUUAAGCAACCUCAGAUGUUAAAUUUUACUGUGUAAGGUCGAGGCCUGUUAAAAUUUAUGAGAUGAUGUUUGUGAAGGAGCAAAGACAUUAGUGUAAAGGUCCACUUAUCUUCAGUAAAAUUAACAAUUGUUAUUCAAUUAUAUGCGGGUUCUUGAAAAGACAGCAUUACUAUUCAUGACUGUGGUGUGAUAGAUGGCAUUUAUAUGGCCCUUCUUGCCAUGGUCUUGUAACUCCCACCAAAUGACUGGAUGGGACUGUGCAAAUGAGGUACUUGUGGCCCACCAAGGGGAUUUGAUAGCUUGUUAAUAAUGCAAAUAUGUUACAUGGCACCCUUGUGGACCCAUGCAAAUAAAGUAUAUGGAGCCUUAACGUGGUUAUUGGUUAGUGUUGCCAU